CUUCGUGGCUCCGAUGACGAUGAAGCUGGUAAAGUAAGCAGCCAACCGCGGUGCGGUGUCUGUACCUGAAAUGCACCCUUGGCUCAUCCUUGCAUACAUUUCGCUGGUCAUUCAAUCACCGACCCCCGGCUGAUUGAACCGGCUUAGCCUGAAGAUCAUGCCUGUCGUUCGCCCACUUCUUCCUCUUGAUUACUAUCUUCUCAGUCCAUGAUCUCUUUACGCACGCAGUCAUCAAGCUAGCCGGGAUCAUACAUCCUGGUUCGCCGUUUUGAUUGCUUGACCAAGUGUGGACGUCUUUCUCCCCUGGCCGGCGUGCCGGUACCCAACCUUAUCUUAGCAAAGAUGUGAGUGCAACUCACUUAUAUUACCCUGAGCCUUGUCCGGUGUUGGUCCCUUGCAGGAAAGGAUCUCGAUUGACCGGUCACCUCGUGGCUCUCCAGGUUGCACUCCAGCACGAUGUCCAGUCUAAGCCCCGCUUUCGCACGCAAUUUUGCGCGGGAGACAUGGACGCUCUAUGGUGUCGGGGUGCUGGGUGCGGUACUGAGAUUCAUUGCACGAAUACGUCGGUUGGGGGUCACCAAUCUCCAGACGGACGAUUAUCUGAUGAUGUUCGCUGUCGUCUGGUACACGCUUCUUUGUGUUGCUCUCAAUCAGGUCGCCUCAGGCGGGGGUUCCAAUCUGAUGAGCGAAGAUGACAUCAAAUCAUUAACCCCCACCAUCAAAGCUGAUCGCAUCCGUGGAAGUAAAUGGGUUUUUGUGUCGGAGCACUGCUUCCUCCUUGCCAUCUGGGCGAUGAAGGCCUGCAUGCUGGUGAUUUAUGCUCGCAUCACGGAGGGAUUGCGCCAGAGAAAAUGGGUCAAUUACCUCUCCAUAUACGUUGCUCUUGGAUUCGUGGCAACCGAACUGUCCCUGUUCCUCAUCUGUCGGCCUAUCCACAAUUACUGGGCUGUGCCGACUCCUUACGGCAAGUCAUCUUCUGCAAAGAUAGCUUGUACGCCUCUUGCUGACUCUGCGAUAGAGCAAUGUUCGACAUAUCAGUACUAUGAGAUUGUACAAGGCGUUAUCUCCAUCUCCGCAGAUGUGUUCAUGCUUCUCAUUGGGAUCCCCCUCUUGGUCCAAGUGCGCGUCCCUUUGAAACAAAAGCUGAUCCUCAUGCUCUUAUUUGGCAUGGGUAUCUUUGUCAUCGUCGCGGCCCUCCUGAACAAACUCUAUUGUUUGGUACCAUCGCUCAUCUCUUACGUUUACAUGAACUGGUAUUUUCGUGAAGCAACCGUCGCUAUUCUGGUCACCAACCUACCAUUGGUGUGGUCUCUCCUCCGUGAUGUGUUCCCUGCCCUCAAGAGCUGGACUGGAGGGUCCCACCGAGGGACGGACCGCUAUCGAACAGGUCCAUACGCGCCGAAAGGGUCUGCGUACCAACACUACGGGCCUCACAGUCAGCUGCGGUCCGGAGACUUCAGCAUGCGCACCUAUAACCAGAGCACUGUUGUGGCUCCCAGCAAGGCUGUGUCGGAUGUCAGCACGGAACAGGUUGAUGAUCGCGAGCCCAGUGACGACGGUUCAGAACGAGCCCUCCGCAUUCGACAGGACGUCACAGUCACCGUGGAGCGGGAAACACGACCGCCCGAGUAUUGGGAUUCUCGGGGCGCGGGGGCAACCCAACAUCCAGAGCCUUAAGUGGCUCAAUCUUCUAUCUACACUCACUUGACUUCCUUCUUCUGUCGUUGAUGAUCUACAAAUUCUUCCCAGUAUCUCAUAACCCCUCCACCUUCGUUCCACUCUCUCCACACCUUCCUUGACUUCUUUCCCAUCUGUGCUUAAUACUGAUUACACAUAUGGCAUGAUCUGCCCGCGACGCCUGAUUGGCAACCGAUUUUUGUAUAUAUAGGUAAAAAUUGCUCGGCACCCCAUCGUUGAUCAGCAUGAUGGGUGAGUGGGGGUUUC